ACCGACCGCUGCUACAGCAAGCUAACAGGCCAAGCUAACCCAACCCGAUUUGAUGGAGGCUGACCGGUGGGCGUAAAACCACGAUGGUAUGGCACAGACAAGCUGCAGCGUAGAUCAAUCUGGACACGGAGUUUUUCCUCAAAUCCCUUUAUAUUGCUUAUAGUAAAUGUGAAUGGGGAAGAACGAUAUGCAGUGAGUACCGAUUUUCAACAGAAACAAUUCCAUCCCGCUAAAAGUUUGAAACCGCCAGGCCCACUGCUACUAGAGCUAGCUUAGCCGGUGUUACGUUGAAACUGGUGACCGUGUUAACUGGAGAUUUGUAGCCGAAUGCGUCCGUCUGCUUACACAGACGUAACCGGUUGAAAGUCGCCAUAUCAUAGACUCGCUUGUUUAGUUGUAACACCGGUUAGCUUGAUGCAGGUAUUUCAUGUAAAUGUAUAAACCUGCUGAAUAAAGACGUUUCUCUCCCUGUCUAACAUGUUUAAACUGACAGUUUGAGCGCUUUAACUGUUUCAGACCUCAGUUCCCACUUUAAUUCCCUACUUUACUUGCCAAUUAUGUACUUUCAGAUGCUGUGCUCAGAGGGUUGAUAUUGUCAUGGAAGUAAUGAUUUCUACUAAGACAUGCGUUAUCAUCUGUAACCAUUUGAAGUUCGCUUUUUAAAGUUCUUUUGGUCAUGAAGUUUGACAGAAUAAGGGGGAAAACUACGUGCAAGUGCCUCCUUUAACUGUGUGCAGUCUCAGGUGUGUGACGCUCGGUGUAAAUGUUGUUUUCAGGCUAUGAAGCGGGUUCGCACUGAGCAGAUCCAGUAUGCAGUGGCUCAGUACCUGAAGAGGAGGCAGUAUGUGGACACUGACGGCUCCUUGAAAGGGGCCAAGCUAUUCCAGUCACCUGAGGAGAUGGCUGCCGGCCUUACAGGUGAGCACAGGGGAAAGAAGAUAAUGAAGGUUGAGUAUAGUGCUUUUAACAUGAGGUGGCAAGAAACAACUGAAAGUGCCGUUUUCUGAACUUCCAGACGCAGUUGAUUAUACAUCCAGAAAAUAUGCAAGAAAGACAGAAUUCUGAGUUAAAGGACACAUUUCUACGCAAUAGGCUCUUAUCAUUAUGUUUCACUGUAUUUACCUGUCAUGUACAAGUUAAGCUAAGAAACUAGAAUGUCCGAAAAAUAAAAGUUCCUCAAUUCAAAAAAGGAAACUUCAUAUUGUCUGGAUCCACCAAGCACAAAGCGAAAUAUUUCAAGAUGUUAUUUUAUUUUAUUUUUUUUAAAUCUUGAUCACAGCUCACAUCUCACAAAACUCCGCUAUCUAAAAACAUCAGAAUUUCACAAAACAGCAAUCAAAUAAAGGAUUUAUAACAUAAAAAUGUCAGUCUACUGCAAAAUUCAGUUCAUUUCUGCUCCCAGUGCUUGGUUGGGGAUCUUUUUGCAUUUAUCACUGUGACGCAUCAUGGAGCUGAUCUGUCUGUGUCUCUGCUGGGAUUUUAUUUAAAUCCAGGUUACUCUGAUAGCUCCUUCAGCUCAUCUGUGUUUUUGUUCUGGUGUCUUUCAUCUUUCUUGUGAAAAUAUAAAGAUGACCAAAUAGUUGCAUUAAUCAUAUGACUUUAUCAAAGUGUAUGAACAGCUUUUCAAACCUUCAGAGAUCAUGACUCAGUAAAUGUACCAGUAAGGUGAGCUUGGGUGUGUGAGCUCUUUGAGAUGGCCUAACAGGUUUGAAAAUCAUUGAAAUUAUCUUUAUACAACCAGGUUCGUUAAUGUGCCUCUCCUGUUUUCUGGGUGUUCCGAAAUCACAGCUGUUGGGUAACAAAUGAAACACUUUACAAAGUGGACUACUCCAUGUAAUCCUCGCUGCUUUUGUCUCCUAUCUUCUCUCUCAUCCUGGUCCUGCGAGCAGUGCAGACAGAGUCUGGAUGUGCCAACAUUGUCUCUGCAGCACCCUGUCAGUCUGACCCUCAGCAGUAUGAGACCCAGUAUUCCAGGCUGCGCACUUUCCUGUCAGGUAUCACACUCACUUUACCUUUUGGCCCUGCAUAAUUUAGCAGGAGAUAAUUUACCAAAAGUUUGCAACUUAAAUAUUUUCUUUCAUGUCUUUUGAGAAAUCACCCAAAUCAUUUUAGAGUUCUUUUUUGUGUUCUGGGUGAUUGUGUUGUUGUGUGACAAAAACCUUUCAUGCUUUUCAUAUCUCCUCAAUCAGACACAGACAUAUCCUGGGCGAAGGAGGUCAGCAGCAUCCUAUACCCGCUCUUUGUCUACCUCCACCUGGACAUGGUGCAGUGUGGCCUGAAGGGGGCAGUGGAUGGCUUUUACAGUCGAUUCCACGGCGCAUUUCUCCAGGACAGCGAGCAGAGCACCAUCAUAGAGCAGCUCCGCCAUGUGCUCACAGCUCAGGACGUUGCAGCAAAUCCCAAACUGAGCGCCUUCCUGGAACACAAGUAUGUGGUUCACCUGACAGAGCCUGCCUACAACUACCUGCUGCGGUACCUGCAGAGUGAGGACAACAGCGCCCUUUGCAGGGCGAUAAGUGUACACCUACAGGUGGAGGUCUCUGCCUCAAGGCGGACAGACUACCAGCUUUAUGGAGCUGCAGGAGGGGCAGCAGCAACUCUUAACUCCACCUCGUCCUGGGCAGGAGUAGAUGGAGCAGAGGGUGGUGAGGGGGUGGAGGUCCCUGCUGGGAUCCCUCCAAACGAGGCGGCCCUGGAGGCUCUACAGGACUGCAUAAAGAAAGUGCGUGAGGGCCCCCCCACGCUCACCACUGUGUGUUUUUACGCUUUUCACCACACAGAGCAGAUGCUGAACACUGCCGAGGUCUCAGCUGACAGCCGGCUGCUGAGCGCCGGCUACAACAGCUCCACUGUGAAGCUGUGGAGCCUCCGGGCCAGAAAGCUGAAGGCCAAGCCGCAUCAAGCUGACGUGUCCCGUAUUCACCUGGUCUGUGACGUUUUGGAGGAGGAAGUAAGUUCACUAAGAGGGAAAUGAACAUAAACCAUAAAUCUUCAAAUGUAGAGGAAUUAGAUUUUAUUGCUGGUUUAUAUCUCAGUUCAAAGUGAGGGUCUGGUUCACACACUGUUCGCGUGGCUUCUGCAUCCACUAACUCUAAGCUAACUGAGCCACAAAGAUGUAGUUUAAUUCACAAAUGCGUGCAAUAAGUUUCCACUAACUGCACUACAGAGCGUCUCUCCACGCCGUUUGCAUUCACUUAAACAGCUCGUCUUCCGUUCAUCUGGAGCUAAUCUCUGUGAUGUUUGGUUUUUGAAACUGACUCUCUCUUUCUGUCGUUCCUCCUCAGGUGGACGAAGAGGACGGCUCAGGCAGUGAGAUUAAGACUCUUCGGGGUCACAGUGGCCCUGUGUUUCGCACUGCCUUCCUGACAGACAGCUCCGGCCUGCUCUCCUGCUCUGAGGACACCACCAUCAGGUACUGGGACCUGGGCAGCUUCACCAACACGGCACUCUAUCAGGGACACGCCUACCCGGUGUGGGACGUGGACGUCAGCCCCUGCAGCCUUUACUUCGCCAGCGGCUCGCACGACCGCACCGCUCGCCUCUGGACGUUUUCUCGCUCUUACCCGCUGCGGCUGUACGCCGGCCAUCUCUCUGAUGUGGACUGUGUCAAAUUCCAUCCAAAUUCCAACUACCUGGCCUCUGGCUCCACAGACAAGACUGUCCGCCUGUGGAGCACCCAGCAGGGGGCAUCUGUUCGCCUCUUCACUGGACACAGAGGCUCUGUAUUGUCGCUCGCUUUCUCUCCUAAUGGGAAGUACUUAGCAUCCGCUGGCGAGGACCAGAGGGUGAAGCUGUGGGACUUAUCAUCUGGGACACUGUUCAAAGAUUUACGGGGACACACGGACAGCGUCACCAGCCUGUCCUUCAGCCCGGACAGUAGCUUGGUGGCGUCCUCGUCUAUGGACAACUCAGUCCGGGUUUGGGACAUCCGGAACUCCCACGGAGGGACGCUAGCUGACGGCUCGUCCAGCGAGCUGGUGGGACUGUACACCGGGAACACCAGCAAUGUGCUGAAUGUCCAGUUCAUGGCCUGCAACCUGCUGCUGGUGACGGGGACGGCACAGGAGAAAACGGAGCAGUGACCUGAGCGGUGUCUGCGUUCGAAAGUGUGGAAAUGUUUGUUUAAAGAGUCUGACUGUUGAGCCAAACACAAACAUUCAAUGUCAGCACCUGCACAUGAAGCAGGAGUUUGUUUUUCUCUGUAGUUCUUAAGAUCGAAAGAAAGAUGCUGGAUAUAUUUUUUUGUACUUUAUAUGUUGAUUUACUGAAACAAAACAACAUGUCUUUGUUGUUGUAUUAAGAAAACAGAAGCAUCUUCAAUAGAUGUUAGUAUUAAAGAGUUCCUCACAUGCCA